AUAAUAACCAGCAAGAUCCAUACGAUACCCCAUAGAAAUACAAUAAUAUCAAACCCUCAACUUCUAAUUCUAGAUACGCCGCGGAACGGUAUUUUUCAAUACCCACAUAUAUCAAAAAUAUACUCCCAGACUCCUCGGCAUCUCUGAUAAGAGAAUUAGCCUAUUCACUUAUACCCCAGCCGGUGGAACCCCAACGGCCCCAUACAUAAGUACCUGAAAAUUGGCUGAGAGGUACACUAACGGCAUUUGUACUUGGCCGAGCGGAUUGCCCCGCUGACGUUUUGUUGUCUUGCUAACUGGAACUACCUCUACUACAUAAAACUACCUAAUAAAUUCAAAUUCCACAUUGAAAUAUUAAGUUGAAGCUACAGCUCCCCCAAGCUUCAACUCCAAAUUCAGUUUCAAUCUCCAACUUGGCUUUUUUUUUCUGCGGGCUUAAGAGUCAGCGCUCUCUAUAUUCCUGACCUCUACAUAAUACGCUUGACAUCAAUCAUGUCCCUCCCAACUCAAUACGAGGGCGUGCUUCCGCUCUACAGAGUCCAGAAGCCCCCCUAUACGAUCGAAUCACCUGACGCCGAAGAAGUUGAAGGAGAAACGAAGCCAUUCAGACAUAUCAAGGCUAAGGACGGUCUUAUCACACGCCCCGAACCUCACAUCACCACUACUUAUGAUAUAUUAAUCGAGACCGCGAAAAAAUACGGCGACAAGGCUGCCAUAGGUACUCGUAAACUUAUCAAGACUCAUACCGAGACUAAGAAAGUAGCAAAAGUUGUUGAUGGAGUCAAGACCGAGGUCGACAAAGAAUGGACUUACUUCGAAUUAACUCCGUACGAAUUCCUUACUUACAAUGAGUACAAGACCCGAGCUCUAAAUGUAGGAGCGGGUUUGAAGAAGCUAGGUCUCGAGACAGGCGACGUGUUGCACAUCUUUGCGACGACGAGCUCCAACUGGCAAUGCACGGCCCAUGCCUGCGCCUCGCAAUCCAUCACAAUCGCAACCGCAUACGAUACUCUCGGCUCGGAUGCUGUCGAAUACUCCCUCACGCAAACGAAUGCGAAGGCUAUGUAUACCGACCCCCAUCUAUUCAAAGUCGCUAGUCGCCCUUUGAAGAAUGCAAAAGACGUCAAGUACUUAAUCUACAAUGACUCGACCAACAUGCCCAUCUCCGACAAGGAGAUGGACGACUUCAAGGCCUCGAAUUCUCACCUUACCAUUAUCUCCUACUCUGACCUAAUUACCCUCGGCGAGGAGAACCCUAUAGACCCCGUACCGCCGAAACCUACCGAUCUGUGCUGUAUCAUGUACACUUCUGGUUCCUCUGGACCUCCCAAAGGUGUCCCUCUUACUCACGAAGGUGUUGUUGCGGGUAUCACCGGUUUAUGGACUAUUGUCGCCGAGACCGUUUCGCAUCGCGACGUCAUACUUGCGUAUCUCCCCCUUGCCCAUAUCUUGGAGGUAGCUGUGGAGAAUUUAGUCAUGUUUAUUGGCGGUACGCUAGGCUACGGAUCCCCACGCACGCUAGCCGAUUCUUCUAUGCGUAACUGUGCUGGAGACAUGCGGGAGCUUGCACCCACCGUCAUGGUUGGCGUACCCCAGAUAUGGGAGACCAUCAGGAAGGGUAUUGAAGCCAAAGUUAACUCUGGUGGUGCCCUGACCAGGAAUCUUUUCUGGGGUGCUUACAACCUCAAGAGCUUACUUGUGGCAACCGGCCUUCCUGGGAGUGGCUUACUUGAUGCCAUAGUAUUCAAGAAGGUCCGGGACAUGACAGGCGGAAGGGUAAGAUUCCUCUUCAAUGGUGCCAGUGGUAUUUCGGAUGGCACAAGACAAUUCGCAAGCCUGGUACUUGCACCAAUGAUUACGGGAUAUGGUCUUACGGAAACAACUGCCAAUGGUGCCCUAGGCAACCCGUUGCAAUGGACUCGGGACGCCAUCGGCCCCAUUCCUGCAUCGCUUGAGAUGAAGCUCGUCAGUAUACCUGAUCUAGGAUACGACGCGAAGAGUAAUCCUCCACAAGGUGAGAUUCUGCUGCGAGGAGCUCCAGUCUGCAAGGAAUAUUACAAGAACCCCGAGGAGACCGCGAAGGCGUUUACAUCGGAUGGGUGGUUCCGAACAGGAGAUAUCGGUGAGAUCGACUCGGUAGGCCACGUCAAGAUCAUCGACCGCGUCAAAAAUCUUGUCAAGAUGCAAGGCGGCGAGUACAUCGCGCUCGAGAAGCUCGAGGCCGUCUACCGCGGCAGCGAAUACGUCCACAACGUCAUGGUAUACGGCGACAGCGACCACCCACGUGCCAUUGCCGUCAUCAGCUCCAACGAGAAGCCGCUGAACGACCUAGCGAAGAAACUAGGUGUUGAUCACCCUCACAGCGAUCCCAAGGUCUUGGAUGCAGUCCACAAGGACUUAAUCGCAGUAGGCAAGAAGGCCGGCCUGACCGGGUUGGAAAUGAUCGUUGGCGUCGUAAUAGUCGAUGAGGAAUGGACACCCGCAAGUGUAAGUUUCGACCAGAUCCCAUCCUUUCCCAUCCCACCCCAAACCUAGGAUUAGCGCUAACAGACAUACCAGGGCUUCGUUACGGCAACGCAGAAGGUAAACCGGAGGGCGAUCAAGGAUGCCUACAACAAAGAAAUCCAAGAGUGCUUUAAGCGCACUUCGUAAUGUGCCGCAUCGUUUUGAUGUAAUAGGCGUCUGUCU